AAAGGCUACUGAAGUGACUUGACAUUUUGCCUGCCUGUACAAUUUACAAAGAUGAUUGUGUGUAGCAGAGACCGGUGUGUACAUGAGUAGCACAUUCUGGAUGAGAGAACAAACAACACUAGUACUAGCAACGAGCGGUUAUUUCUCCCGCUUUGUUGGGGAAGCCAUUUUGGAAUUCUGAAUUUGUACUGACUAGGGAUAAUUUUUUUAAAGACAGUUGAUAGCUGACUCAUUUACUCUUUUACCUACUGCAACGUGCCCACACUUUGAGGGAUACUGUUUAUAUUGGGUAGUUUGAGGUUGAACAGUGCACCUACGCCCACUGGCUGCUCUACACCGUGACUCACGAGUCUGAAUGCGGCAUGAAGUCAGCUAAUUUUCGCUGCAGCUCUCCUGAUCUUAUUCUGUGGAUUUACAAGUUGUAUUUACAAAAGUCUCAUUAAUGAGAAAAAUUGGAGGCUGGACAGGCAUGGACCAUUCAAAAGUGAACUCACGCGCCCCACCUCCAGGGAACACUGGCUAUACCUACUCUCACAGCUCCAGCUACUCUACAACAGCCCUGGACUUUGAGAAGGAGCACAGGAUCACUCCCGUCUUAGAGUCUCCCAGGAUGUCUCGGCGGAGCCUGCGUCUGCACUCCACCACUGGUCUCUAUGGUGAUGACAGCCUGGACUCUUCUCUCAACCACAUGUACCACAGCGCCUCCUUCAGUGCAGGAGGAGCCAGUCUCAGAGAUUCCAAGGCGUUGAAGAGCAGGAGGUCUCAGCAGCACUCUGUCUCCUGCUCCCAGUCUCUGCUCCUCACCACGCCCCGUAAGAGCCAGCAUGGCUCCCAGCAGCACAACAGCAGCCUGCACAGCGUGGCCGCCAGCGACGCCUCCCUGCUCUCCUCCAUGCUGGACAAGUCGUGUAUCCAGGAGCGCACGCUGGUCGAAGGCUUCUGGGGCUUGGAUGAUGACUCUGAACUCAAAGAGCGGACCAUGACAGACUACAGUAUGUGUGAGGCCAACGGAGACAUUAACUCGGCACAGACCCAGACCUCCAUGGUCAACGGUAGUUUCUGUAAGGACCGCACGAUCCACUCGGACAGAAAUGACACCUACUCCAAGCACUCCUCAACUUCAGCCCGCUCUGCCACCAGCAAGCAGGCCCUGACAGCGCCCGCCGCCUCCCCUCCCUCCACCAUCUACGCCAGGGACAAAAGCCGCAAGUACAGGACGGGUGAGAGAGGCAGCCAUAGAAGUACUAUAACGUGUGUGCUGGUGUCCUUCUCGGACACGUGUGUGCGCGUGAGCAGGAGGGCAGCAGCCUCUGUGGCGUCCGUCUUCUCACUGCUCUUACAGAGUGUGCUGCUGAGGUCACGUAAAGAGGGCAAAGGUGUCCUGUGGUCAGCUUUAGACACCUGUCUGAACCAUAGCAGGAGGGCAGCUGCCUUCACUGUGUGUGUAGUGACUCUGCUCAUACAGGCUGCUGUGCUGAAGAUGGGCGGUGUGGGUAGAAAAGUGGUUAAUGGAGCUCACUCCAGCUACUGUGGAAGAAUGAAUGUAAAUGAGUUGGGGACUGAGGGGAAACGCAUGAAUCUGAAUGGUGCUCUUUGUGACGACUGCAAAGGGAAGCAGCGCGUGGAGACAUGCAUUGUCCAAUCAUCAUCAUCAUCACGGGUCUGCCGGUCACAUCAUGUGUUGGGGGAACUGUGGCUUGCCACUGCUUACACAGGCUCCAGUGUGUUGUGGGUGGGGCAGAAGGCAGGCUCAGCUGUGCGGUCCGUGACAAGGAGGAUGCUGUCGGUUCUCUGGUUGGCAGCCGUGUCCCCAGGGAAGGCAGCGACCGGGGCUUUCUGGUGGCUGGGGACUGGAUGGUAUCAUCUGGCCGCCGUCAUGUCGCUCCUCAACAUCUUCGUCUUGACACGGUGCCUUCCCAAGCUCCUCAAACUCCUGCUGAUUCUGCUCCCAUUCCUGCUUGUCCUCCUGGCUCUGUGGCACUGGGGUCCGUCCAGCCUGCUGUCUGUGUUGCCUGCCAUUAACAUCACUGAGUGGAGGACGGCCUACUCCCUCAGUCAGAACCCUCUGGAACCAACCAAAGACCGCCAGCCCAUCAUGGCUCAACCACCACCAGCUGUCUCACAGCCAGGCAGUGUGCUGGUGUCUGUGGACUCUGAGCGCCUAGCGCGGUUGGAGCAGAGGCUGGCCCAGCUGUGGGAGAAGGUGGAGCGAGGGGGCCGAAGGCAGGAAAACCAGCACAGGGAGGUGCUGAGUCUCUACCAGUCUGUACGAGAGCAGCUGGACACCCAGAUGGACAAGGACAGCAUGGGGCUGUGGGUGUCUGGCCUGCUGGAAGAGAGACUCCUUCUGCUGAAGAGGGGGAUGGAGAAGGAUGCAGCACUGCAGAGAGAACUGAGUCAGGAGAUUGGAGAGCAGUAUGUGGUGCAGCAGCAGGGCCAAGAGUCUCGUCUGGCUCAGCUGGAGGUGCUGCUGCAGACACUGACUGCCAAGACAGAGGAGGUGCAGAGGAGGCAAGCAGACACUUCCAGUGCUACACCUGCACUGCCACCAGUUCCUGUGCCAGUCAAUAUGGGUGUGGACAGCGAGUCCCAUGAUGCCUUGCUGGCGGAGGUGCAACUUCUAGAGGCGACGCUGGGGGGCAUUAGGAAGGACCUGCAGGGGGUGAUGGGAUGCCAGGGCAUGUGUGACCGCCUGGACACACUCCAUGAAACGGUGUCUGAGCAAGUGUCUGCCCAGGUGAGGACGGAACUGCGGGCCCUGUUCUACCGCAGCGAGCAGGUCGGAGAUUCCCAACCCGGAGAAAAGGAGCUCCCAGAGUCCCUGCUGCAGUGGCUCUCUGAGCGCUAUGUAAGCGGGGCUGAUGUGCACGCCUCUCUGACCUCACUGGAGCUCAGCAUCCUGCAGAACGUGACCCUGCAGCUGGAGAAGAGCAGGGCCAGGCAGGAGACGCUCAGCACUGAGACUGUCACUCAGACUGUGAUGCACACUGUUGGAGCCGCAGGGGCCGGGAUGUCCGAGGAGCACGUACAGCUGGUAGUGAAGAACGCUCUGAAACUCUACUCCCAGGAUCGGACCGGCCUGGUGGACUAUGCUCUGGAGUCUGGCGGCGGCAGCAUCCUGAGCACUCGCUGCUCUGAGACGUACGAGACAAAGACGGCACUGAUGAGUCUGUUUGGCCUCCCGCUCUGGUACUUCUCCCAGUCUCCUCGUGUGGCCAUACAGCCUGACGUCCAUCCAGGGAACUGCUGGGCGUUUCAGGGUUCUCAUGGUUACCUGGUGAUUCGGCUCUCCAUGAGGAUCGUUCCCUCUGCCUUCUCAUUGGAGCACAUCCCCAAAGCCCUUUCGCCAACAGGCACCAUCAGCAGCGCCCCGCGCCAGUUUACCGUCUAUGGUCUGGAUGAUGAGAACCAGGAGGAGGGUAAGUUACUGGGCAGCUACACCUACCAGGAUGAUGAGGAUGCGCUACAGACUUAUCCUGUCACCGAGGAGAAUGAUAAAGCCUAUCAGAUCAUUGAGGUUCGAGUGCUAUCCAACUGGGGUCACCCGGAGUACACCUGCCUGUACCGCAUCAGAGUUCACGGUCAGCCCAGUGUCAACUGAUGGCACAGAUCAGACCACCCUGUCUGCAUUUUAAUGUUCUGCAGAUGACUGGAGCCAAUUAUGCGCACACGUAAAUAUGCUUGAUCCACAAAGUUUAUUUGUGCACUAACUCAUCCCACCAGGACAGAGGCUCUAACAGUGACCACAGGUCUGAAUCUGAAGCAUGGCCACUGGUGUCUGACUUUCCAAGGACUAUCACACAACCACUAAUAAUUUAUUACAUUUGUAAAACGGCUUUCAUUUGACAGAUUAAUCUCAAAGUAACAUUGGGCUCCUAAAUAGGGGGGGGGGGGGGGAAUAUGGAUGCGAUUCUGUGCUUUACUACAUCAGAGAAGAUUUUAUUGGUUAAGGAAUGUUUCAAGUACAUUUUCUCAGUUUAUUUAUACAUGCGCUAUAUGUGUUAUGAGACAACUGAAUUCAUGUGUGUUGAGCCCUUGUCGCUCAUGGUGAAACCAGGGCCCAUAUCCACAAAGCAUAUCAGAGUAGGAGUCCUGAUCUAAGAUCAGUUUAGCCUUUUAGAUCAUAAUGAUUAAGAUCAUAUGGACAGAUCCUAGAUCAACACUCCUAUAAAAUGCUUUGUGGAUAUGGGCCCAGGUUCUACCAUGUUCUCUUACGAACAACGGAAGAAUGUAAACUUGUACAUUUUGUCAAUAGUUUGUCAUUUUUAAGUCUACUAAUAUCAGUGUUGCUUUGAAAUAUGUAUAUGCUGCAAUUAUAAAAUGUUAUUGAUUUGUUAGCAUUUUUUAAAGGGAAUUUACCGCUCAAGUAAGUUAAGGAUAUCUUGCACUGGUCCUUUCAGCCACAGAAGUCAGGUGUUUAGCCCUUUAUUGAGUAUCUACAAGUGCCCAGUUGUAAAUCUCAUUGUUUGUCCCAAGUUACUGAAAUGCCAAUCUGUGUAAUAUAUUUUUGUAAAGGCUUUUUGGACUAUUUGUAAAUGGUCUUGGGACUAUACAGGUUAAUUUUCUUUUAUAAUUUUAUUUGUCUUUUGUACAUAAUUGUAAUGUGUAAAAUGUUCAAAUAAAAACCUUGAUUUUGA